CAUAGCAGCAGGUAAGGGUGUGGCCAAUCAUAUUUGUGGCAGUUAACCGAGAGCACCAGGAUUCUGGAUUCACCAGGACGCUGCUGGCGGCGUCCGAUUUAAUCUAAUAAGAAGAAAACAAGAUGGUGGAGCUAACAAGACAGCCGAGUCGUGUGGUCUCCCUCCAGGCUGGACCUGGUGAGGUGGGGGCCGGCAUCCAGUUUGACGUGACUCGCAGGGCCAAUGACAGGGCUGUACGAGCCAUUGGGCGCCAGUUGGCUAUUAUUGGAGACCAGCUGGACCAGGAGUGGGCUAGCAGACGGCCAAACUGGCAACCAGCUCCUCUCCAUAUUCUGAGACCUGCUCAGGCACUGACCAGGAUGAUCUAUCGGGAUAUCCACAGUCAGCUGUUGGGGUUUCAGGGCCUGUCUUCUGCAGUGAAAGCCUGGAUAGCGGGCACUGUUCCUGGGCAGGGGAUCCUCAGAGCGGACGCCUGGGUGUCCAGUUUGAAACCAGUCACCUGCACUGGCUGGACCAGAGGAGGCCUGGUGACGGUGGCACUGGUUGCUACGGUGACCAUGUUUGGUGCACUAUGGGUGGAAUGGAGAAGGCCAUGAGAAGACGGGUCUUUGUGGUCCGUAUUUUACAAAACAAAAAAACAAAAAAAACAAUGUUUGCUUAUGAGUGAUAAUGAUUUCUAACUGAUUUUAUAACUGCUGUUUACCUUUACUUUUUUUUAUUUUUGCCCCACCGAAUGAACAGAAACAGGAGAAGGAGAAAAAAAGGAUAUUGAAUUUGUUCUGUUGAAAUGGUUUAAAUUAGCUUUACAGUGUUGCCUGAGGACUUGGCCAGCAUAUUGUAGCAGUGACAUGUUGUUUCACGGAUGUAUUAAGGUUUAAAAGUCUUGUCUUCUAUGACCGGACUGUUGCUGGUUUGCAGUCUUUUGUUAGCAGAUACGUUUCUUACUGGUAUAAGAAGCCUUUUUUUAAAAACGUAAAUGAGACAUAACCAGGCCUAAUAUAAAACAAAGGGAGCUGGGCUUUCUGUUUCUGAUUUGAAAGUGCUUUUUUAUGUAUUGCAAAUAAACUACAUCAUGAUGAAAA